CUCUGUCUCUUCUUUCUUUUCUUCUCUUGCCUUGGAUAUUUAGUUCCACUACGGCUGCGUGUGGUCCCUGUUGUAACUUGUGAGCUGAGAGGGGUUCGGUCCUUUUUGGUCCUCUGAUCACAGGACGAAUCAAGUUGAUAACCCUUAUUUUGAUUAGUCAAACUGAUGCCAAGUUUUCUAAUGGCAGAACGUACCCAUGCAAUUAUAUUGUGUACAUAUUGACCAAAGGGUGUGGCUACUUUCUAUAUACCCUCAAUAAUCUGAGCAUUUGCCUGUAGAGCGACAAACCGAUGGCUUACCAUUACGAGAUGCUCUUCUUCCUAUAUUAUCUGAUCGGCCUUUCGGCCCUGCAAGGAUUGAAUGCCGUAGAAUAUCAAGCCUUUAACUACGCUUCUGGGACCACUGGUGGAACCCGGUUUGAUACCCAGAUCGGCGUCGAGUACAGUAGAGAGAAACUGAAAUCUGCCUCAGAAUUCAUCUGGCAAACCUUCCGGCAAACAAGCGAAACAGAGAGGAAGAGUGUGCAAAGCGUGAGCUUGUUCGUGGAGACGAUGGCCGACGGGAUGAACGGGUGGCACGGGGUGCCAGCGUAUGCGGUAAACAACGAAAUCCACGUGAAUGCCACCUACAUCGAGGUUUACAAAGGCGACGUAAAUAGGGAGAUCACUGGAAUUCUGUACCAUGAGGUAACGCACGUCUGGCAGUGGGACGGAAACGGCCAGCCCGGAGCUGGGGUUUUGAUCGAAGGGGUUGCAGACUUCAUAAGGUUGAAGGCCGGGUAUGCACCAUCUCACUGGGUGAAGCCCGGGGAGGGAAACAGCUGGGAUCAAGGCUACGACGUGACCGCCCACUUCCUGGACUACUGUGAUGGUCUUAAGAAUGGGUUUGUGGCUGAACUCAAUGCCAAGAUGAAGACUGCUUACAGUGCCCAAUUCUUCGUGGAGCUGCUCGGGAAGACUGUCGACCAACUCUGGGCUGACUACAAGGCCAAGUAUGGGAACUGAGCGCUUUCAUUUGUUAAGCUUUACCGAGAGCAACUACUUUAUGAUUCUAUAAUAAAAUAAAGACGAAAUAAGAAGUGGGAAAUGGACUCAAGUCUUUGGUUUA